AUGGAGAAUAAGUUAUUUUAUUGUAAAUCAGAAAGUUUUAAGGAAUUUAAAAUUGAAGUUUAAAAUAAAAUGUAGAAUAAAAUAUUUUAUUGUAAAUCAAAAAGUAUGAAGGAAUUGAAAAUUGAAAUUUAAGGCAAACUUUAUUCUACUUAACUUGAUAAAAAUUAAAACCCAAAAUACAAUAUUUAAGAGGGAACAUUUUGUUUUGAUUUAGAACAAAAAAAAAUUAAUUUAAUUAAGAAAGACAAAGAAUAUUUAGGGAAAUCAAAUAUAUUACUCUAUGAGUAUACACAAAAACAAUAAGAUGAGGCAAAUAAAACUAAACACUAAGAAUUAAGAUCUUAAAGUUAACCUUAAAGAAAAAAAAUUAUUAUAAAAGAAGACGGAAUAAUUGUUAAUAAUAGACAUAUUGGCGAACAUAGAAGGUAAUACUAAAAAUUAAAAAUUUGGUGUAAAUAUAAUUAAUCAUUAAAUGAGAAAGNUCCUCUACAAAAAGUUUAUAAUAUUAAAAAAGACUUUAAAAAAUUUCAAUCAUUUAGAUAUUAUGUAAAUAGUACUUCUUUCAAGAUUUAUUUAAUAUACUAAUAUGAUUAUUCUUUAACGCUUAUAAAGGAGCAUGCUUGGAAGAAGACGUAUAUCUAAAGCUCUUAAGUAACUCUAAAUCAAAUAAUAUAGAUAGUUUCUAGAUUUAUUGGAUUAUUAUUAAUUUAUAUUAUUAUCAAAUGAAAAAUUAGAAUGAGAAAUUGAUACAAGAUCAGUUGAGUAAAAUGAAUGAAAUUUAUUCAGAUCAAUAGGGUAAUAAAAACUGUAAUUCUAUUCACUGUUAAUAAUCAUAUGGAUUUAUGUCUAAAUAAUAAUAAAUAUAAAGAAGCAUCAAAGUAAAUCAUAGCAAAAGAGCAUUCUAAUUAUCUAAUUAGGUAGAAAAUAAAAAAGAUGAUAAAUAAAUAUAAAUCCAAAAAAAUAAUGUAGAUAGUUAACCUGGAUCAUAUAAAUUAAAUUAGUUAAUUAUAACUUGUUAAAAAUAAAAAAUUAUCUAUUAUACAUUAAAACAAUUUUAGUAUGAUCUAGUUAUUUUGAUGGAGAAUAAGUUAUUUUAUUGUAAAUCAGAAAGUUUUAAGGAAUUUAAAAUUGAAGUUUAAAAUAAAAUGUAGAAUAAAAUAUUUUAUUGUAAAUCAAAAAGUAUGAAGGAAUUGAAAAUUGAAAUUUAAGGCAAACUUUAUUCUACUUAACUUGAUAAAAAUUAAAACCCAAAAUACAAUAUUUAAGAGGGAACAUUUUGUUUUGAUUUAGAACAAAAAAAAAUUAAUUUAAUUAAGAAAGACAAAGAAUAUUUAGGGAAAUCAAAUAUAUUACUCUAUGAGUAUACACAAAAACAAUAAGAUGAGGCAAAUAAAACUAAACACUAAGAAUUAAGAUCUUAAAGUUAACCUUAAAGAAAAAAAAUUAUUAUAAAAGAAGACGGAAUAAUUGUUAAUAAUAGACAUAUUGGCGAACAUAGAAGGUAAUACUAAAAAUUAAAAAUUUGGUGUAAAUAUAAUUAAUCAUUAAAUGAGAAAGAUGAACUCAUAUUAAAAAAUAAAAAAUGGUUAACUAGUAGUAUAAUAGAUAGUUUUGUAUUUUAUCUUAAUUUAGAAGGUGAAAAAGAAUAUAUUAAACAAUAAGAAAAUAAUUAUACAAAAUAAAUUAACAGAAUAUUAUUUUUACCCACUAGUUUAACCACAAAUUUUGGAAUUUAAUAUGAUGUUUACAAAGCUUAACAAUUAUUUUAAUAAGAAUUACUAGAAUAUUAAGAAAUGAAUUUUUAAUUAAAUUUAAUCUAUGAUAAAAUAGGAAUUCCAAUAAAUAAAAAUAAUAUACAUUGGCAAUUCCUAUUAUUUGAUUAUUAAAAAAAUUGUGUAGAACUUUUUGAUUCUCUAUCAUAAUCUUUUAAAUUUGAUCAGAAUUUAAUUGAAACAUUAGCAUAAUUAUUAAAGUUAUAAAAUUACAAAUAAAACAAACUUUAUUAUUAUAAUUAAUAAUAAAAUGGUUAUGCAUGUGGGUAUUAUGUUUGUUCAUUUAUGCAUUAUUAAUAUAGACUUUAAUUUGAUCAGAAUCUCAAAAAACAUUCUUAUGAUGAAGAAUAAAUUACUAAAUUAUUAUUAGAUGUUAUCAAAGAUUAAGAAAAUUAAUGA